AAAUAACUGACACAUAAACAAAAAUAUAACCUAUUUACUUUUCCUAUCUUUAAUACUCAAAAAAAGGAAACCGAAAAUGUGCGGGAUUUUCUGCGUGUUCAAUACCUUUUGCAAUAAUUGUGAUAAUCUUAUAAACCAGUUAACUUUUGAAGCCAAUAUAAGGAAUCGGGGUCCAGACAGUUUUAACUUUAAAGUACUGACUUGGAAAGAUACCAGUUUAGCUUUCGCCUCUAGUGUGUUAUGGCUGCAAGGCAAUAAAAUCACUGUACAGCCCAUAGAAGAUUCUGAUUCUAUAUUUUGCUAUAAUGGAGACAUUUUUGCCGGAUUUGAUGUAAGUGAACAAAAGUUGAGCGGGGAUACUCAGCUAAUUCACCAGUUUAUCAAGAAGCAUAUAAGCAGAAACAGCCUUAGUAACUUGGACAAGGUCCAAGGCCCUUAUGCCUUUAUAUAUUUUGAUAAGACUAGUAACAAAUUGUAUUUCGGCAGAGACAUUUUUGGGAGGCGCAGCUUGCUUUUAGGGCAAAACAAGGAGAGGGACACUUUUAUCAUAACCAGUGUGGCAAAGAGGCAGUCCCAGUUUGAUUUUAUCGAGAUCCCAUCGGUGGGCAUAUUUUGUUACGAUAUUGAAAAUGGAAAGUUCGAAGUUGACUUUUGGCAGUACAAAAACCAUCAUUUUUAUGGGAAAUUAAAGGAACUUGAGAAGUUUUUGAGCACCGAUGUGUCUAUUAUUAAUCAACCGGUGGAGAGUGAGUGUGAAACCCAUUGUUUCAGUGAAAAUGCCAACUUAAAGGCUCUGCUCGGUAUUGAGGAUAUGGUAAAAAGUAAGGAUUAUAAUGGGGAAAGCACUGCAAUAUUUGAUACUCUUUUGAACUGUGAUACUUGGAUGGAGCAGGUCAAGUGUCUGAAAAGACUACUGGAAAAGGCAAUUAGUCAAAGGAUUUCAGCACAACCAGAUUUUUGUAAGAAUUGUAUUAAAAGUAAAUCAUUUUGUACUCAUUCCACCACAGGAAUUUUAUUCUCAGGUGGUGUUGACUGUGCUGUCCUAGCGGCAUUAACAGAUCAAUACGUGGACAAAAAUAAACCCAUUGAUUUACUGAAUGUGUCAUUCGAUGAAGGGAAUCAUUACGAAUCACCCGAUCGGCUUACAGGAUUGCAAACUUUUGAGGAGCUAAAAUCACAAUAUCCAGGAAGAAAAUGGAAUUUUGUCCCGGUGAAUGUUACUAAAGCGAGUUUGAACGAGGACAGGGAAAGGCACAUCGCGGAUUUGAUUUAUCCAUUGAAUACGAUCAUGGACGAUAGUUUGGGGUGCGCCUUGUGGUAUGCCAGUAGAGGAGUUGCAGAGAGUUACACUUCACCAUGCAGAAUCCUGAUUGUUGGUAUGGGUGCAGACGAGCUAUUUGGCGGCUACAGCAGACACAGGACGUCCUUUAAAAGAUACUCUUGGAAGGGCUUACAAGAGGUUUUAGACGAGGAUUGGAUGAACCUCCCGUACCGAAACUUGGGUAGAGACGAUCGCGUGGUUUCGGACCACGGGAGACAACUGAGGACCCCUUACCUGGACGAGCGAGUGGUUGAGUUCGUUAGAGGGUUAAAAUGUUGGGAAAAGACAUAUCCUUCGGAGAAUCUGCCACAAGGCGUUGGCGAGAAAAUCCUUCUCAGAUCUCUGGCAUAUCAUUUAGGACUUAAAGGGGCGGCGGUGUUGAAGAAGAGGGCGCUGCAGUUCGGGUCGCGUAUCGCCAAUGGAAAGGAGAACGCCCACGAGGUGUCGCCGCGUUUAGCUUUUUAAUAAUGCAAAUAGGACAAGUCAGGUGUCAAGAACAAAUCAAUACAUAGUGGGCAUUUUCAAUACUCAUUUUAAAACGUCGAUUUAUGACCUGCGAUUAAGACGCUUUCCUGUACCAGUAUGUGGGCCUCACCACAACAUCCUACUUAUAUGAGAUUUUUGUCGUACCUUUUUUACUAAAACGGUUUAAAUUUAAAAGGGCUAACUGAUCUACAGUGGCUGGUUGACGUGCGAUGGUAUGUUAGCCCCGUAUAUGGAAAACGCAACGUAGGAUUUUUCUGAAAAUUUGGCAACCAUGGUAAGAGACGAUCGACCUAAAAUAUCUUCAACAUCCCAGCGUUACCGCUUAUAUAGAAACACUUCUGAUUUUUUUAAAUGGAACACCCUAUAUUUUAUUCUAUAUUCUAAUAAACAGUUAAAAUAUCUUUAAUUUAAUAUAACAAUAAAUAAGAAUAAAAAUAACAAUUAAAUGGAGAAUCUAACAGUUGACUCUUAUAAAAAAUAUUUUAUCACUUCGCAGAUUUGAGGCAACUGGUCCUUUGUUGUCCCUCCGUAUGUUACGCCACUGGCAUUUUUUUUUUUAAUCAUCUACAUCAGUAAUUGGCAAUUCACUACAAUAACCUGCAUGCGAAAUUUAAUUAAAAAUGAGCUGGCAGUUUAGAAGUUAUGAGAAAUAAACAAAUAAUUAUUCUUAACUUUAAGACCCUGUAUCUUUAUUAUUAAUCAUUUCUGAGAAAAAUCUUCUAAUGAAAUUCUAUUUCUUUUUAAAUUUUCUAUCACUUAUUAAAAUUAAUGACGUUUAAACUGGACCACCCUGUAUACAGGAUUUUGAAAAAAAAAUUGUAGAGGGUUGAUUGUUUCAAAAUCUCUCGAAAGACGAUAUCUCAAAAACCGGUAGAAGUAAAAUUUUAGAAAUGUCUACACGUAUUGUUAAGAUAAUUUAAUUAAGCGCCAAUCUUAGCAUUUUUCAAAAAAAAAUCAGUUUUUAAGAAAAAAAAUUUUUGGAGAGCUUGGUUUUAUUUUUCUGAAAUUUCAUAAAAUGCCCGGUUAUAAUUACUUAUUAUUAAUAAAACCAAAAAUAAUUGAGGAGCAACUUUUCAAAUCGCAUUUUGUCCAAAAAAUACUUUUUUGUGUAUUGACGAAAAACAAUUUUCUUUUAAACCCUGCUAUAUACAACAUGGAGAAAUUAACAUAAAAACCCAUUAAGUUAUCUCAGUUAAAUCAAUAUUUAUUAGAAAAUCUGGAAAAAUCGAAAAAAUGUUUGGACUUAAUGCGUGUUGAUUCGUAACAAUGUAUAAAAUUCGUUUUGUUUCGUUCAAAAUUGGACAUGAUGCUGUUUGUUCCAAUUUAUUCGUUUUACAAAAAAACUGGUGUUGGUAGUGAAAUUAUUCGACUUUAAAAAUAAAAUGUCAACUAAGUACCAGGAAUAUGUUUUUUUUGUUUAAUUUCUUCGAAAAAUGCAAACUUACCAAAUAAUACUAAUGUUAAUAACAUACAAAGUCCACUUGAAAAAAAAAAUCAAAUUUGUUCCUGGUUAGGGUCUUCUUCGAGGCAGUCGCACAUGGGAUUUUCUUCACCUACAUCAUCUGCAGGAUCUGGAAUUUCAGCUUCUGGUUCCGUCGUGGUGUGGAAGAAAGCGGAACUUUAAAUUCCCAGUCUUUUCCAAAUCUUGCACAAAGCAGCUUUCGCACAUCAGUUUUCUUUUCUUCUUUGAUGUUAUUUACCAGUGGUAUGUUACAGCGAUCCUGCAUAUCCCUUAUGAAAGUUUGGCCUCGUUUUAUUAUUGCCAUCGGGUGCUUCGAAGCGUCGUCAACGUAGCUGUUUUUUAUAAUUGUUUGUAAAAAUAUUCUUUUCAUGUCACUGAUGCCAUCAAUUUUGUUCAUUAUUUCUCUGAGAUCUUUGUAGUUUUUAAGGAACCAGUCUUCGCCUAAAACUCUGACAAUUCCGUAUUGUUGGUAAAUUUUGAUAUAAGCUAUGGGGCUCAACACCUCUUCAGUUUUUUGUAUAUGUUUCUUAACUCGACCGAAUACCCUGUCAGCAGGUAAAUAGGAGUGUCCGCGAACUGGGAAAUAUAUUACUAUCUGUUUUAUGUUUCUUGGGGACUUUUUAUGUAGCCAGUAUGUUAAGGCAUGGAUGACGUGUUGAUUUUUGUUUUGGCCUGCGCAGUCGUCCGCAAAAAGCCUAAUUUGCGUUACCGAAUCUUAAAUAAAUAAAUAACGCCAUUAUUCAAGUAUUUCUUUGCACAUACAAUGCAAAAACAUAUGAAAAUGUACACUCACAUCAUAUGCACAAGAAUAGCGCAACUGGCGAAGUUUAGCCUCCUGGCCAUUCUUCCACUCGACCAAUUCUCCGGAUAUUAAGUUCACCAUCUUUAAAUGUCAACAGAGAAAGUCCAAUAGAAUGCUUUUAAGAGAUAACACUGAGGAUAAAACAGUUUUAACCAACCAUAACAAUAUAACAAUGCAGUAUAUAUAUACAUACAAUAUAUCUGUCACUAAAAAAAUUCUAAAAAUCUACUGCACAUCUAAUAAAUACCUCUUGUACUUAGACCUUAAAUAACUAGUAUUGCAUACCUUAAAUUGAAGAGGUAAGUUAUUAUAUAAGUUAACACAAUUAUAACUGAAGCUCUUUUUAAAAAAAGAAGUUCUAUGUUGUGGCAUUGUUAAAUAAUUUUUAUCUCGCAAAAAGCGAUUAUGCACAGCCUCCCUAUAAAUUAGUUUUUUAAACAAAUAUACUGGUUGUUGACACAUAUUUAGUUUUCUAGAAAAUACAGUCAAGUUAAAAUUAUACCAGUUAUCACACUUAAGCCAACCCAACUCUUUUAUAUUUUCUGAGACAUGAUCAAAUUUUCUUAAUUUAUAAACAAAUCUACAGCAUGUCUUCUGAACGUAUUGUAUCCGUUUUUUAUUUACAACAUGUAAGAAUGGAUAAUAUACUAUGAAACAAUACUAAUAAAUAGACAUAAUAAGUGACUCACACAUUUUUUUUCUGGUUUUAAAAUUUAAAAGGUGUCUGCUAGCAUAUAAAAGCUUCAUUCUCACAUAACUUCUUUUUAGGAAAGAUUUUAAAUGUUGUUCAAAACUAAGCUGUAUUUUUACAAACCCAAAUUUUUACCGCAGUUAGCAAAAGUCAACCGAGUAUUGUCAAUCUGAAUAUUAAGUCGAUUCACGAGUAUGCCCCUUAUCUUUUCAGAACAAAACAGUAACAUUGUAGUUUUUGCAGGAUUAAUUGUCAGAUUAUGUUCCGUUGAGUAUCGCAAAAUAUUAGAUAAAUUUAAAUUUAAAAUCUCAGCAGCAUUAUCAGGACAGUCUGGAUUAAACUGAAAUAAUAAUGGUGUAUCAUCCGCAUAUGCUUGCAUGUGCGUUGAUACAAUCACAGAUUUAACUAGCUAACGCAAUAGUUAAAAUUAUUAUAUUGCGUUAGCUAGUUAAAUCUGUGAUACAAUAGAAAACAUAUCUGCAGUAUAAAUAACAUACAACAAAGGGCCAAGUAUGGAGCCUUGUGGCACUCCCGAAAUAAUGUUUCUACACUGCGAUGGCUCACCACCUAUUCUAACUACCUGCCUUCGACCUGUUAAAUAUGACCUAAAGAACAGUAUUUCAACCUUCCCAAAACCAUAAUAUGAUAGCUUGGCACACAUCAAUUCAUGAUCAAUAACAUCAAAGGCUUUAGAGUAGUCUAUCAAAAUCAAUAUAGCAGCCAUUUGCCUAUCUUGAAUUUUUACAAUGUCGUCAGUAAUAUUUAGAAGUGCAGCUGUUGUACUAUGACUAGCUCUAAAGCCCGAUUGAUGCACAGGAAAAAAGCCAUUUGUGAUCUGAACAUGAACCACUCUUUCCAGAACUUUUGAUAUUACAGGAAGCAGACUAACAGGCCUCAAAUCUGUAAAACUGACAGGAUCAUGUUUUUUAGGUAGUGGGGUAACAAGAGAUUCUUUCCAGCAAUUUGGGAAAUGAAAUGAAUGAAUCUUCAAUAUGUACUUUUUCUAAAAAGUCUAUCAAAGCUGAAAAAAUUUCUUGAGCACCUCUUGCAGCUUGUGUCUCGUUCCAGACAUAAAAAUGUGGAUUUUUAGUUGCAACAUCAGUCAUACAAAAAGAGUAAAAUGAAAUUUGCCUGGAAUAGAAAGCUUCACCAAUACUGACUUUAGGAAUUGCUUGCACUUGUUGCAAGUCAAAUUUCUUUUUCUUUUUUUUUCAAAAGUCUUUAUUUUCAAUAUUUAAAUUUAAGGAGUCGCCUGGUGGCGGGCCAACUGGCCGGGCUGUGGUUAAAAGGUGUAAAAAUGUCAUCACUCAUACGUCAUACGCAUUUAGCCUGAAGUCGUUCCAUGACAAUAUACACUAUUGGAACGGUAACAGGUAUCUCGAAAUCACGGGUCGCCGUGAUAUGAAUAUUUCAGUCACCGCCGUUAUUGGCGAUUUACAAAUCACGGUGACAAAAUCACCGAUAGUGAAAUAUCGCUCAUCUCUACUCUAAGGUGAAGCAAAUCUAGGACAUCAUUCUUAGCCAUACCCAAGUUAGCAGCUUUUUCUUUAUAUUCCAACCAGCCGUUUACGCAUGCCAUAUCUAUGGUAUGAGCAAACAUUCUCAGAGUCCACUUUUUAGACCUAAUAAAUGUCCGAUACAAGGUAAUAAGAAAAUCCAUCUUAUCAACACCCCCCAUGUUAGAGGUGUAGUUAUUUAUUACUUGUGGUCUUGAAACGUAAAUAUAGUCCUUCCCUUUUUUAUCCCAUCGCCGGAACAACCUCGACCUUUCAUUUUCAUAUCCUCCUUAUCGGACGAAAAUGGCGGAUUUUUAAAUCUUUCAGCUCUUGCUGUGCACGUUGUAUAUACUUACACACGUACACUUAAUACACGUUGUAUACACAUAUACUUGUAUUUGCCUAUUUCUAAGGUACUGAAGUAAGUUAUAAUUUGAAAAAUAGUUGUCAAAAUAUAACUGUACCCUAGGGCACAGCAUAAAGAAACCAGCAGUCUCACUCCGCUCGAAAAUGUAAGCGAACUAAUAGCAUCCUUAGCCAUGCCGCAGCCAUGUUCUCCGGAUGCCGAGCUCACUGUUUAUCGAACUGUGUUCAUAGGUGUAUCGCCUAGUUCAGCGCCGUACUUAGUGACUAUUUUGAUAGCGUUUUUACAAAGCGUAGCGUUUUUGAUAAAAACUUUUGUAUUAAAAGAGGGGUAUGUCAAAAAUUAUUAAUGAAGCAAAAUAAUUGACUUUGCCAAAGUUUUUAAUAGCUGCAAAUUUGGCUGUAUGGCUUAAAUAACAUAAUUAAGCAUCAGUUAAAGUUGCAGCAAUGUAAUAUAUUUUUUUUUUUUUUGAUUUUUAAGGAAAUUAUUUAUAUUUCUACCAUUUUAACAGUGUUGCCAUACUUAAAAGAGUUGCAAAAUUGUAUACUUUUACUUUAGUUGGUACUUAAUAAUAUAACAAAAAUUCGCAGAUGUUAGAAUUGUUUUGAAUUGUUGCCAACUAUUUGUCUUUAUUUAUUGGCCUAAGAGUUUCUAUUUGUUUUGAAAUAUUACUUUAUUUGUAUAAUUAGUUAUCCUUAAACUACUAUGUAGUCAGAUGUUAAUCUAAAAGCGUUACUAACAUGAUUAAAUUUAUUAGGUUCAGUGUAAUCUCGAACGGGACCUGAAGAAAUAUUUGUGGCAAAAAAAUUGGGGCACCUGAAUUUUGUGCCAUUUUUAAUAUCUUAUUUGAUUUACUCAAAUACAAAUACAACUUUUUCGUAUCUCGCUUAUUUUUCGAGAAAAAAAAAGGCCACUUAAUUGCAUAUCCCUGGAUCACACAAGGAAUUUGGGGAAAAGUUUCAUUUGGAAUUUAUUAUUAACUAAGCAAGAUACGAAAAAAAUUCAAGAGACAGAAAAGUUUUAUUUGUAUAAUCCACAGAACAUAAUAAAAAUUGCACAAAAAUCAGUGGCAUAUAUUUUAGUUGUUGUUAAAUUUUAACACCCUGUAUAUUGAGAACGAAGAAUUUCUGGACAUAUGUUUAUAUGAACUUUUUGUUUUAAAAUUACUCAAAGAAUGGUCUCUUAAAGUUAUGGUUCAUACCUAAUUAACUUCCUGCACGUAUUCUUCUAUAUCGUCGUUGUCAGAUGUAGAAAUGCGAUGUUUAUUUUUGUUUAAAUAUUUUGUUAAUGUAUGAACUUUAUUUAUAUUAAAAAAUCAAUAUUUGUACUAUGUAGGUAUUUUUAUUUUACAAGAUAAUAACAUCUAAAAAAAUGUUUAAGUCCGGCUCUAGCCAAGGCAAAAGCCGCGUGGACCGUAGCGAGUGUCAGCGGCAUCCCUACUAUAAGCAAAAAUGCCUCGCCUGCGUUAGUACACAUGCACCGAACUCGCUUAUUCAAGCCAAUGUAUUUUUAUUGAAGUGCGACUGCUGGUUUCUUUAUGCUGUGCCUAGGGUAUGAGAUUCGUUCAAAUAAUUUUAGUACCACUGCAGCACCCGAACUAAAUACAUCAAGUUGCUGUGGGUUAAGUUCAGUAGUAGAUCCUUGAUAUAUUAUAAAAUCAUAUAAGAUGCCACUGCUGCCACAUAGCGCAAAAAUCUUAAUUUCCCAUGGUUUGGGUUUGUUUUUGACGCAUUGCUUGACGUUCAAACUGCCUUUGAACGGCACCAUUUGCUCGUCCACACACAAUUUUGAUUCCAAUGGAAGGGAAAGGCAUCUUCAUAUAAUGGACGCACCUUCCAAAAUGUGUCACUGUUUUCCGGUUUUUCGUGAAUAUGUUGUCGCAAUUUAUAAAACCUGUUAACAGUAAUAUUAUUAGAAAUCAGUGGAAUUUGUAAUUUAUGGUCCCAGUAUAACUUAAUUCUUGGGUAAUGUAGAUUACCCAUGAUGAUAUGUAUUCCUACAAACGUUUUUAGUUCUUCAACCGUCGUAGGAACAAAGCGGGUUUGUUGCUGAACAGCGUAAAAAUGUGUAUAUUCCAUCCUGGGUUGGAAAAUAUCUGCAAAAUAAUUACAGAAAAUAAAACGCUAGGCUUUCUAGCUGAACUACUGGUUAUUCUUCUCUAACGUGCCACUCUAUCGGUGGAGUGAUAUACUGCGCAUUUUUUCGCCAGAAUAUAUCCUUUUUCUUUGAAAGACCAUUGUUUUCCAAAUAGUCUUCUAUGUUGGAUUUCUUCGACUUUUCUGGAGUUUUUGCCAUUAUGUUGGGAACAGGUUUAUUACCAGAAUAGAACUUAAUUAGCUGAGUUUUAAUAAAUAAUACACAAAUUUUUUUUUCUCGAAAACCGGUAGAGAUAAGUAUAGAAAAGUAUAAUUAAAAAAGAAUCAAAAUGAAGUAGGGAAUUAAAAUAUUUAAUAAUAUAUAGGGUGUUGCCAUUUUUGUAUAUAAGCGGCUACGCUGCAGUACUGAAAAUAUUUUAAGCAGAUAAAGAAUUGUCUAUUACCAUAUGGUUGUCAAACGUUUCGUUUUCCAUGUACUAACGUACCAUCGAUCAUCAAUCACCCUGUAUAGGUGAUACCUGAAACUAAGUACCUAUUAAGUUAUUUUUUUGCUGUGAAUGCCUUGGAAUUAUGUUUUUUUUUGCCAAAUAACGUGAUGAAAAUAGAAUGGACGUGACCCUCUAGUCUCGGUCUUAAAAACUAUAUAUAUAAUCACAGGAAACGUGUUUCGUUUAAAAAAUUACGCAUCAUCAGACCUAAAAUUUAAAAUUCACCUCCGUGGUAAGACAAACAUUUGCAAUUUACACAUAUUCCUGAAAUAAAUUUGAGUAGAGACCUGUUUCAAGCGAAACUAGUUUUUGAGAUUAUAUUAAAGUCAAAUAAUUGUUUCAGAUUUAUCAACUUUUCCAAAAAAAAAAAUCGGCCAACUUUUUUAAAUACAGGGAUAUUUUAAGACUUAAUUCCAGGCACUCCAGGUAUAUUAUAUACAUGACGUAAUUUAUUGUUGAAUAAUUCUUGUGUGAUUUUUAAAGCAUUUAUGAAAGACAUCGUUGUUGAGUCCCUUUAUAUAUUGUGAACAAUUGUUUAUAGAGUAUUUAUUAUAAAUUUAGAUGAUGGA